AUGGCGGCGUACUACACAUCCGGCAACACCAACAUCGACCAUAUCCUCGAGCACUGCAAGAGACGGCUUUCGCCGUAUCAUCCGCUGUCCGACGAGGCGAUACGCAUGACGUUGACCGCCCCUGACGGCGCGUACAACACCCUGGGCCCUCUCGUGCAGAAGCACCACAGCAAUCUGCACAUCGUGCUCAUGGACCUGUAUUCGGUGCUUAUCACCGGAUACCUGUUUCUCCAACACGGCUCCGAACCGGACAGCCAGCAGCAGCAGCAGCAGCAGCAGCAGCAGCGUGGCUGGUACAAAUGGUCGAGCGUCCAGCGGAGGCUCAGGGACGGUGCAGAACCGCUCCCGAUCCUGACGGCCAUCAGACACGAACGGCCAUGGAAGGUCUGGGUCGACAAGGAGCACCCAUUCCGGGACCAAGACGACCCGAUGACGUCCAGGGAGCAGCACACGGAGACGGUGGACUCCUGGUUCCAGUGGUUCGAGAUGACGCCGUACGAGAUCGGGUGCGACGAGCUGGAGGCGUGGGUGCCGACCUGGGGGUUUGGGCGGCCGUUCGAACUGGGCAAAUCGACGAUGCAGCUCCCGGAGCAGUCGCUGGCGCUGCUACUGGGACUGUGCACCAGCGCGCCCGCGGGGCCGCUGAACUCGUAUCUGGCGACCAUCAAGCGCAAUCUGCCGCCGGGCUCGAUCGGCAACGUGGUGCACGAUCUCGCGCACAAGAUCACGCACCUGUGGGGCAAGCAGCGAACGGAGGAGUUCCAGCAACACCAUCCGCUGCACGCGUGCAACGAGCACAACUUCAUGUUCCAUCUGACGCCCGUCGCCAGGGGUCAGGCGCGGCCCCCCGGGAUCGAGAACUCGCCGCGCAUCCACCUGAUCGACUCCGGGCUGGACAACAACUGCCCGACGUACGUGCUGCUGCGGCCGGAGCGCGAGGUGGACGUGAUCAUCACGAUGGACGCCUCGAGCGACGUGCACAAGGACUGCUUCCACCAGCGCGUCGACCAGAUCGGCAGCCGGCGCGGCAUGCACUAUACAAAGCGGCUCGACAAGAAUCAUAAUAACGAGGGACUGCUCUACGCGCAGGUCUACGACGGCACACCAGCCGAGCGGCCCGCGACGGUAGUCGACUCAUACGGCCACACAGUAACCAACCCGCCCGCACCAGUCUGCUACGCGGACAACACGAUGAUCUACAUGCCGCUGCUGCCGAACGAGCGCGCGGUGCCGGGCUUCGACCCGUCGACGGCCAAGUUCUCCGGCAGCUACAAUCUGGUCUGGACGCCGGAGCAGAUCGAGAUGCUGGUCAAGGUUGCGGCCGCCAAUUUCGCGGCGGGCCACGACAGGAUCCGCCGGGUUCUGCUGGAGACGUACGAGAAGAAGAAGGCCCGGCGGGAGGGGCGGGCUUGA